GUCGGACUAUUGAGGAAAUUGUUCCUUUCCAGACCGCCUAAGCAGAUGAAUUCAUUAACCACACAUCUGAUUCGAUGUUUGCAACAGAUCUACAAGGUAAUCUGGGAGGCCAAUGAAAUCCUUGCAGGCAUCAGCCAGCCAUCUGUCUGUAGAGAGGUGUUGCUUUCUGCCCCUGGAACAGCCUAUAUUUGGGGAUUGUCGGAGAUAUAUCAGAUCUCCAGGCGCUUGGCAGAGGCCAUGAAUGCUCGGAAAUUAGCAAGCGAGCUGCUCUUGCAAAAGUUCCGCGAGGUGGAUUUAGCUUGGAAUAAUCUGUUGUCUUUUCUCGUGUUUGGUCGCUCUGCCUUCCAGCUGUUGCUUCUGCCACUGGUGCCAGUGAAUGAACCUUGCUUGACACUUGCAAAUGGUGAGCCUAACCAAGUGUGUGGAGUUUGCCUCACCGCGGUAAAGCAAGAACCCCAGGUGCAGUCUGGAAAUUUGCAUCCCAUUGUGUACCAGGGAUUCUUUUAUCAUAUCAGUUGUGCCAACUUCUGGCUGAAUUGUGUGGAUGCCACACUACCAAGAGAGACCUGAUCCCUUUCUCCAAGUUUCUAUCCAUGCCGUUGUCUCUUGGAUCGGUGACAGGAGAGAGAAAGACUUCUUCCAACAAGGGGAUAUUGGUUAAAUCUAAAAGCCUUCGUCUUCAGACAACCAGUUUCAAACUUCAAAAGUGGUUUUGCGUUAGAGAUGGGACACACACCCCUCCCAACAUUACUGGAAGUGGG